UUUCGGUUUCCCUUUUUCAAAAGGGAUUUGUUUUCGGUUUUACGUGCUUUUGUGUGUUUAAAACAGACUACUGAAAGAACAAUCAUGAUAAAAAGUGUUACACAGUGAGACAUCGUCUUUGUUUAACAUUAAUUAGUAAAAUAUCUUUAAAAAUUGGCGGAAUAAGGAAGGACAGAUUAACCUGUCAUAAAGCAACAAGUGAAUGUCGACGCGUAAGAAUUAAUCAAUAAUUCUAAUCGUUUUCCAGAUUAUGUGUUCAUCAAAUAAAUAGUGAACGUGUUUGUGCAUAUUUAUUACGAUACGUCGUAGCGUUGGACCGCGCUGGCGAAACGUUCGUCCAUGUUUGGCCGGUCAACGAAUUUCGAUAAUCGAACGCGCCGGUCGAUCGCUCCGUACGCGCGUCCCACGGAAUUUCAAAAUUUUUACCAAAUGUUUCCUUCUUUUUCUAUUUAUUUAUGAUUAUUUACAUAUUUAAAUUUUAAUAUAUACUGUUAAUUACGUUAUAAUUCACAAUAUAAUGAGUCUUCAAUUGUAAUUCGAGUAUUAAAUUAAAUUAGAGGAAACAUAAACGCGAUCGAAUCGAGCGAAUUAAUUUCACGAAUAAUCGACAAGAAAUGAUACGACGUGGUGUCGAUGGAAAGAAACGAACGAUCCACGGCAAUUUUGACGAAUGUCGUGAAACGUUUCACGAUUAAUCCGUGGUCGAAGACUAUUUAAGAGAAGAACAAGAAUUUCGCGGUUUUACCCCCGUUGAUUUAUGAUUCGCGUGUGCGUGAAUGGUUGCCUUUGUUCGGACGAUAUCGCCAAUUGCGAAUAUUCUCGUGAAUGAUGGCUGUUCGAGUGCACCACCGAUCUUCUUUAAUGUUACCAUGGCUCAUCUUUCUCUCGUUGGUCCUGUGGAAUCUGAACGACGCAAAUGCUGGCCGUGGAUUUAGACACAGCACCAGGCAUAGUCAGUCAGGACUGUACGGUACGAGCAGGAACUUAAAAAACAGUGGCCUCUUUCCAUCGACAUUCAACGUGGCCGCGAAAGCAGAUAUUUUUGUGAAUGCAACUUGCGGCGAAGAAGGGCCAGAAACUUUUUGCAAACCGUCCGAAUCGUCCAGAUGCGCGGUUUGCGAUGCGAGGAGUCCGGAUCCAGGCAAAAGGCAUAAUAUCAGUAACAUACUGGACUCAAAUCCUGGAAGAUGGUGGCAGAGUCCGACCCUUGCCAGAGGAGAUCACUACGAAUACGUUACAAUAGUAUUGGACCUUAAACAGGUGUAUCAAAUAGAGUACGUGAUAGUAAAGGCAGCAAAUUCUCCUCGACCAGCAGCUUGGAUUUUGGAAAGAUCUAUCGAUGGUGAAAAUUUUGAACCGUGGCAGUAUUAUGCACCGAGCGAUGAAGAAUGUUGGACACGAUACUCCGUGCCGCCUGUUUCCGGAAAACCCGUUUAUAUCGGCGAUGAUGAGGUCGUGUGCACCAGCGUUCAUUCCAGGCAGACGCCUAUGGAAAACGGAGAGAUCCAUACACACCUGGUGAACGGUAGACCUGGUGCCCUGAACCACAGCACGACCCUUCAAGAAUUCACGCAAGCCAGAUACGUACGGCUUCGACUUCAGGGUCUUCGACGCAAUGGCGAAACAAUUGCCGAUAAAAGACGUGCUUUUUAUUCGAUAAAGGAAAUCAACAUCGGUGGAAGGUGUUUGUGUUCCGGUCAUGCGGCACGAUGUCGAUACAGUGUUCAUCAUGGGCAUCAAGAAUGCGAAUGCGAGCGCCACACGUGCGGCGAAAGAUGCGAAAAAUGCUGUCCAAUGUACAAUCAGAUUCCGUGGAAACCUGGCACAGCUGCGAAGGGCUUUCACUGCGAGAAAUGCAACUGCAAUGGACAUGCAACCUCCUGCAGAUAUGAUCAGGAUGUGGCCGACAGAAGAAUGUCCAUGGACAUUCGUGGGAAAUUUCGUGGUGGUGGUGUCUGCAUUAAUUGCACAGAGCACACCGCGGGUAUCAAUUGCGAGAACUGUCAAGUUGGAUAUUAUAGGCCGAACGGUGUUGCACCUGAUGCACCAGAACCUUGCAUACCCUGCGAUUGCAACGUUUAUGGCAGCACGGGUUACUGCACUCCUGAUGACUCUUACACGCACAUGGGAAAGGUAGCAGGUGCUUGUGAAUGCAAAUCUGGUUACUCCGGCUACAAAUGUGACCAAUGCGCGGCUGGAUAUCGUCAGUUUCCAGAUUGUAUGCCUUGUCCUUGUGAUUCCCGAGGGAUUCUACCAUCUCACGAUUGCGAGGGUGAUUGUCUGUGCAAGGCAAACGUUGCUGGUGAAUUCUGCGACCAUUGCAAAUUAGGACAUUUUGCUUUGACCAAAGAAAAUCUUGACGGUUGCCUUUCGUGUUAUUGUUUUGGCAUCAGUAAUCGCUGCAGCACAGCAAAAUUGACUUAUUCUUCGAUAUCGUCAUUAGAAGAUUGGUUAAUUACCGAUAUGAAUGCGUCCCGUGCAAUUAUUCCAAUUUUGGACACAGACAGCGGUUGGCUGACGGUGGCAGCCUUUGACGUCGAAUACGAUAGUCCAUUCUGGUUGGCUCCGCGAAUUUAUUGCGGUAAUCGUCUGUCAUCGUAUGGCAGCAAUCUUACUUAUUCUGUCAGCUGGGUCGUUAUGCGUGGUGAUACCAGCGGCAAACCGACCACGGGACCCAACGUUAUUCUUGUUGGUAAUAAUGGCAUGCGAAUUGCUCACGGCGAAGAACAGUAUAAUGGUCAGGAAGCUGAGAUUACUGUAGCUCUAAGUGAAAAUGGCUGGUAUCAUGUGCGCAGUGAGAUUCAAGAUAUUCCUACCAGGCAGAGGAGAACCGAAUUUCGCGGAGAUCCUGUUACCAGGAUACAAAUGAUACAGGUGCUCGCGGAUUUGAAGUAUCUUAUGAUAAGAGCGCAGUAUCAUACUGAGCAGAUCGAAGGAAGUCUCCAGUCUGCUACUCUGUCAAUCGGAGAACUCGUGUCCAAUGAUGAAUCCAACAGUCUCGUUGAGGUUUGCGAAUGUCCUGAAGGAUAUAUCGGACUUUCUUGUGAAAAUUGCGCAUGGGGAUACGUAAAAGUGAUAAGGAAUGAAUCAGAUCAUCAGGAUCAACAUGUGUGCGUAAAAUGUGACUGCAAUGGACACGCGAGUACCUGUGAUCUUGUGCUUGGAGAAUGCACGUCCUGUGAACACAACACAGUGGGUCCUAAAUGUGAUCGCUGUGCUCCUGGUUUCUACGGUAUCGCUCUGAAAGGAACACUAAAUGAUUGCAAAAGAUGUGCCUGUCCAUUGUUAAUCGAAUCCAACAACUUUAGUCCAAAUUGCCAGCUCGAUGAUCCUACUGAUGCUGACAGUGGGUACGUGUGUACCCAAUGUCCAAAUGGUUAUACAGGUGAUCAUUGUGAAAGUUGCGACAUUGGAUUUUUUGGAAACCCUUUAAUUCCUGGCGGUACUUGCGAACCGUGCCUUUGCGGUGGCGGUCAUUGUGAUCAGGAAACUGGACGUUGUUUAGAGUGUCGCGGUAACACAGAAGGUUGGAAAUGCGACAAGUGCAAGCUGGCUCAUUACGGAAAUCCCUUGGAACAGAAUUGCUUGCCCUGUGAAUGCGAUCCUCUGGGCAGCAGUUCGGUCGAAUGCGAUCAGAGGAGCGGUCAGUGUCCCUGUAGGCCUUUGUUCGAGGGUCGUGACUGUUCCUCUUGCAUCGAGGGUUACGGAAACGUGACUGCAGGUUGCCGGGAAUGCGACUGCGACGUGGGUGCCCUCGACGAAGUCUGCGAUCCCGUAACUGGUGAAUGCAGGUGCGCGGAUGGCGUCCUUGGCUUCCGGUGUGAUCAUUGCGACGUCGACCAUUACGGCUUGUCCGAGGAUGGCUGCAAAGGAUGUCGGUGUAAUACUAUUGGUUCAAUAACUAGUGCCUGCGAUAUCGUGACAGGGCAGUGUCAAUGUAAGCCUCAUGUAACUAGCAGACAAUGUGAUCACUGUGUGGUCGGUUAUUGGGGUCUGACAACAGGAGCAGGAUGUGCUCCUUGCGGAUGCGAUCCCAUAGGAUCGCACAACUCUUCUUGUCACGACGUUACAGGUCAAUGCUACUGUAAACCAGGGGUCGGUGGUGCACGUUGCGAUACUUGUUUGCCUGGAUAUUAUGGAUUUUCUUCAAAGGGAUGCCAGGUUUGCGAUCCCUGUCUGCGACCAGGUCACAUCUGCGACCCUGACACGGGUCGUUGCGUGUGCCCAACCUUGACUUUUGGUGAACACUGCGACCGAUGUAGACCAGGAUCAUGGGAUCUGGUGCAUAGGGUUGGUUGUAAACCUUGCGAUUGUACUCUUGGCUCUACGAGGCCCCAUUGUGAUCACCAGGGGCAAUGCCCUUGCAGAAUAGGCUACGAUGGUCGUAGAUGUGAAAAAUGUGCAAAAGGAUAUUAUGGUUAUCCUAGGUGUCGUCCUUGUGGUUGUAAUUCGGCAGGUACCUUGCAGUGCGGUGAUGAGAUCUGCGAUUGCGACGACCAAGGACAGUGUCCUUGCAAAGAACUCGUAUAUGGAAGACAAUGCAAUCAGUGUAGAGAGGGUACAUUUGGUCUGGCAGUGGAUAGCCCAAAGGGUUGCACUGAAUGUUUCUGCUUUGGAAGAACCACUUCCUGUCAGCAAGCUGGUCUUAGCUGGGGUCAACGCAGAUUGACACGUCCUCGUACACUUUAUGUUAAUGAUACCAUCAAUGACAUAAUAAUUACGAAAUUUAGGUCUCAAAUUUAUUUAUCUCCCAUUAAUGGUGGUCUAAACGUGACCAAUGGUCUCUCAAUAAUUCCUGAUGUCGAAGGUGACGUCACAAUACCAUCAAACUUAUAUUAUAAUUAUCCACUUUAUUGGAUGCUUCCUGAACAGUUUCUGGGUGACAAGGUCGUUUCCUACGGAGGAUUCUUAAGAUUUACAACUUCAACAGAAGGUGGUAUACCUUUGAGAUCGACUUAUCAAUAUCCAGUGGUGCAGUUGCAAGGAAACCAGAGGAUUGUCUUGGAAUAUUAUUUACCUUUACCUGUGGAUAACAAUCAUUACGAAGUCAGAUUUCAUGAAUCCUUAUGGCAGUUACAAAAUAGACCCGAUUAUAAAGUGACCAGGGAAGUUCUUAUGGUCGCGUUACAAAAUCUUCAGUACAUUCUUGUAAAAGCAUCUGAUAAUGCUGAAUUUACAAAAACAACUUUACUUCAAGCAUCGUUAGACGCAGCGGUUCUAACGCCCACUCAUACUCCACCUUUCGCAACGGGUAUAGAAAUCUGUAAAUGUCCUCCGGAAUACAACAGCACAUCCUGUCAGGAUCCAAGCAUCGGCUACUACAGAUGGUACAAGAAUACAACCGUUACAUCGACCAUCGUUAUCGAUCUCGUUGGUGAAGCAAGACGGUGUCAAUGUAAUGGACGAUCAGAGAUCUGUGAUAAGGAAACAGGACAUUGUUUGAAUUGUCGUGGAAACACCGUAGGACCAAGGUGUGACGUCUGCGCGGACAGUUUCUAUGGUCAUCCAGAUUACGGUUGCAAACCAUGUCCUUGCCCUCAAACGGAUAAAAGAUUUUCGAAUACCUGCAUGAUCCUUGCUAAUACGGAAGCAAUUUGCGUCUGUAAACCUGGAUACACUGGUAAAAAAUGCGAGAGGUGUUCCCCUGGAUAUUACGGCCAUCCACACCUCCGUGAUGGUAAAUGUAUGCCAUGCAAUUGUAAUUCAGCUGGAAGCUUAAGUGAUGAAUGCGACAUGGAAACGGGACAAUGUAGAUGCAGAGCUGGAUCCACUGGACGAGACUGUUCUGAAUGUACAGCCUAUCGUCACGUUUACAUAAACAAUGUUUGCACUUCAUGUAACGAUAAUUGCACGGGUCUCUUACUGGAUACCUUAGCGAUACUUUCUCAGGAAUUAGCAGAAGGAACUGCUCACAUAGCAGAUGGUUACAUUCCUCCACCGUGGGAAGAUUUAGCGUACAUCGAUUCGAAUGUAACAGCAUAUUUCGAAGAAAUAGAGCUGCAAAAUAAACUGAAGCAAAGAAUGAAAAAUAUUCCCUGGCACGAGUAUCGGAAAUUGAAGAAUCACCUCGAAAAGCUAUUCAGAACUGCGAAUGAACAAGCAAAACAGGGAGACACAUUUAAAUCCAAAAGUAAUGACUUAAAGAACAAUAUAUUUAGCGCGAAGAUCGAAAUGGACAAUUUGAAAAAAUAUAUUGAUGAUACAAUUCAGCUAUUAACUCAAUACAACAGCGACAACAAAAGAAUAGAAAUUAAAAAAGCUUUAAAAAUGGCAAAAAUGAUUUUAAACAAUCUCAAGAGUGUACAUUUGACGAAGAAAACCAUGGAGAUAGAAAAUUUUCUCGAGGACGUGACGGAUUAUACUGAUUGGUUGAAUUCUUUGUACGAUGCGACGGAACCAUUGGCGAUUGCUCAAGACGAUGCAGAAGAAUAUGCUGUAAAAUUAAACGAUAUAAGAAAUAUCAUCGAAGACACCAUGGAGACGUUGUACAGUUACGAUACUUUAUAUAAUAAUAUUAAUCAAACACUAUUGGAAGCUAGAAACAGUUGUAGUGAGAUUGAUAUGCUGAGGAGUGCAGUGAACGAGUCCAUGAAUGAGGGUGAAAAAUUGAUAGACGAAACUCGUGGUUUCAUUAUUGACCUUCAGAUUAAUAUUCAAGAUCUCCCAGAAUUGAAAAAUAAACUGACGUACUGGUUUGACAAAUUGAAUAUGAAAGAAGAAUUACUGUAUCGACUGAAUUACGAAUAUAAGGAUAAAUAUGUGGUGCCAGCAGUCGAACACGCUAAAAAUUUAUCAAAUUAUGUUGAUCAGUAUGUCAGUCUGUUUUCCGAGACAAGAAAUAUCGCAGCUAGCCCCCUGAAGGCCAGUCAAGCAUACAAGAAUAUCGCCGAUAGCAUAAGAACUGCAAAUAUCACAGCAAAGGCAGCUAAAGAUAUUGCUGAUGACACUUAUAACAAGACAUUUCCUAAUGGACCAAAAUCAAAGUCGCUUCUGGACGAAUCUAAAGAAAUAUCGCUGGCCUCGUCCAAGCAAUGGGAUAGCGCGGAAAAGCAUGGAAAAAUUGUCCAGAAUGCUAGCGACCAGCUAGAUUUUCAAAAGCAAGCUGUAAAUGCUCUGAAAAACACUUUGAAUAAUACUGGAGUCAAGGAUAAUCAAGUCAAUGUAAAAUUACAGAGCUUGCAAAAUGAUAGCGAAAGACUGCGUGAAAAUAUUCAGAAUAUACUAGACGAUAAUGAAGAAGUGGUAGAAACAGUUAAAGAUAAUCAAAGAUUAAUUGAUGACUACAAUGAAGGAAUUGUUAACAGAUUAAAACCAAAAUUGUAUGAAUUAAAAAGAGAAGGAGAUUCAAAGAUUAGUUUAGCCAGUGAAAAAUUAACCGAGGCGUUGAGUAACAUUAAAAAGGCUGAUGCGAAAUUAAUUAGUUUAUCUAAUGCUGCCGUGAAAAGGAAGAAUGUAUUCGAUAAAUGGAACGAUACUUUAGCAUCGAAAUUGCAGAAUCUUAAAGACAAAAUUGCGGAAGCUAGAAACACUGCCGAUGGAAUUCGAGUGUCGUUAAGAUCAACUGAAGGAAAAGAGUGCAUUCGAUCUUAUAGACCAUCGACGUUACAACCAUCAUCGACAAAUACAAUCGUGAUGACUUUUGCCCUUCCAAAACCAAGGAAAGAAGGUCCCUUGUUCUAUCUACCAAGUAGCAUAAAUGAUGACUUUAUUGCUUUGGAGAUUGUUGACAAGAGAGUAAGAUUUGUGUGGAAUGUUGGAGGAGGCACAGGAAUCCUUGUUCAUCCUGAAGUAAUUGAAAGUGGUGAUCUUCGGAAUGAUUCGUCUUGGUACCGCAUUGAGGCUGAGAGAAUGCGUCAUCUAGGCAAAUUAUACGUGCGAAAACAGGCAUCUGCAAUCGGAGGAUAUCCUCCUGUAACAAAUUCAACAGAUUUUGAGUAUGGUCGUUUCGAUGUCACUGCCGCAGAUCGUGUCUGGAUAGGUGGAAUUCCUAGGUCUCAACGAAGAAGAACAGAACUCCUUGCAAAUAAUGGACUUCCAGGUUGUGUGCAUCAAGUUAUUUUAGAUGGAAAACCUAUAGGUCUUUGGAAUUUCAUCACAACUGCGCCGGAUAUGGCUUGCAGAGCAUGUGUAGAAGGAGUGGAAGAUGUUAGGGACGAUAUAGCUUACAGUUUCAAUGGAGAAGGCUAUGCAGUUAGAAACAGAGUCUCUUCAGGCCCGUACAAUAAAUACACAUUUGGAGUGUCUAUUAAUUUCAGAACUUACGAUGAGAAUGCUCUGCUAUUUCUGGCUAUAAAUCCAAAGAAUUAUCAGCAUAUCAUGAUCUUCCUUAGAGAAGGAAAGGUGAUCCUCCACAUUGGUUAUGGUAGCAAUGUAAGCAUGGAAAUGUCCUCGUACUCGAAGUACAAUACCGGAAACUGGACAAAGGUGGAUGCGUUUAGACAGUAUCACCUUCGUAAGAACAUUGAAAAGUGUAGUUUGAGCGUUGGGGAUGCGGACAAAAAAAUCGGUGUACCUACCCCUCAGCCCAAGAAAGACGACAUUCCUGAUUUCAUUCAGGCUAAAUAUUACAUCGGGGGUGUACCGCCGAGUUUCCGGGCAGAGAAACUCAUGCUACCUCCGCAAGUUUCAUUUCUUGGAUGCAUGUCCAAUAUUAUUGUACAGGAAGGCUACGAUCCCAUGGCUGAACAGUAUUACGGCGUCGAACCUACCUGUGGAAAUAAACCAUUAAAAAUAGUAGGAUUCUACGGAGACGGUUAUUUGGAACAUGCUGCCUAUACCCUUCGCAAAAUAAAUUCCACGGUAAGCUUCUCCUUUAGAACGAUGCAAACAGAAGCUGUGCUUCUUCUAUCUACGUUUGAAGGACAAGAAGAACGGGUAACUAAUAUACGACAUGGAAAUGAAGAGAGAGACAGUUAUUAUUCAGUGUGCUUAAUCAAUGGACAAGUACAAGUGCGUUUAAACGCUGGAAGAGGAGAGCUGGUUUUACAAUCGAAUGAUACUUUUAACGAUGGACGAUAUCAUUCAGUGACGAUAAUUAAAAGGCGGAAAGAUGUUGAGUUACGAAUAGAUGAUGCUUAUCAGACCUCGGGUAGAUCACCAACAAGUGCCGCUAUUAAGGCUCCUGAAGGAAAUGGAGGACUGUUCUUUGGGGGCUUGCCAGUACUUAUCAACAAUACCAAAAUGAUCACUACCACUACUCCUUUGUACGGCGCUAUUAAAGACGCAGUAUUUAAUGAGGAUAUCAUUAGAUUUGACGAAGUUGUCAGUUUCGACCAUGCCCUCAUCGGUCGUCCCGGACCCAGCAUGGGAAAGGAUCCUCCUACUUACACGCCAUCAGCAUCUUUAUCCAGAGGAUUAUCUACUCAACCGGAAGGUUGUCAGAAAGUUCCAUAUUACUCGUUGGAACCUGGUGCUCUGAAAUUCGGAGACAAACCAAACAGCCACACUCAACUUUAUCUAAAUUUUAAGAAAUUCUGGGAGAAGAAAUACGCGAUAGAGUUCGACUUCCGGACGUAUUAUCCAAAUGGACUCUUAUUCAUCACUCCAGGCGUCAGACCAAAGCAUUACCUCAUGGUCGUAAUAAGAGACGGUCAGCUUCUUCUUUUGGUGAAAAGCAAACAAAAGAAAGAAAUAUUAUUUAAGACACCGUUUAAUGACGGUAAUUGGCAUCAUGUUGUUAUUAGUCAUGAUGAAAGAAAGCUGACGUUACUGGUGGAUGCCCAAACACCUCGUACAAUUAAAGUGCCAAGGAAGAUUGGACUGGCGUCUAUGAUGUACAUUGGAGGACUUCCUGAGAGUGGGACCCCGAUACCUGAACAAGUAGUAGUUAAACUAGAGACGUUAAAAGGGUGUAUCAGAGGUUUAAGAGUCAAUGGAAAUGUUUAUGAUAUGGUUGGAUCUACGAGCAGGGCUUACCAUGUUGGCCAAUGUUUCCCAAAUGUUGAAAGUGGGGCUUACUUCCAGGAUGAAGCAUAUGCCAUAUACAAAAGAAACUUUGAACUAGGUGCAGUUUUAGAGCUUCAAUUAGAAUUCAGAACGUCAGAGUUAUCGGGUGUGUUGCUUUCCAUAACAGCGCCUGGUAAUUCACCUUCAUUAUCAUUGGAAUUGAACAAUGGUAAAGUGAUCAUGUCAGGCGAUCUGGGAGACAACAAUCCGUUGUAUGUAGAGCAACGUUUCACUAGUCCAUACACGAUCUGUGACAACCGAUGGCACAGAAUACAAGCAGUUUAUAACGAUGAAGAGUUGGCAUUGAAAGUUGACGAAAUGGACCAAAAAUAUGGCCUUCCAGCUAAUGUCAAUUACCAUAUAAUGGACUCUACAGUCUCCGGGCCCCUUUACAUUGGUGGUUUACCAGCCUCUGCUCCAAAAGGAACACUGAUAACAAGGGACCACUUCAAUGGAUGCAUAAGAAAUGUAAUGAUAGGGGGAGAGAGAAGGGAUUGGACAGACAUGGACGAAUUGCAUAAUAUUCACCUGAGCUCCUGCCCAGUACAAUGAUAAUCAGUACAACGUGUGAACUCCUCUGAGUUGUUCAAUUUAGUUCCAAAGACUGUUCAAUGGACGCACAAUUCUCGAGAAGUUUUCAUGAAGUGUGUUCAAUACAAUUUCACACCAGGAUCAAGUGCCAUAUCGUGAUGGGAAAUUUGUAAUUGUUAAGACAUAAUAUAAAACCAAGCCAAAAGAUGCUAACAUGCAAGCUUAUUUACAUCAAUGUUUCUCAAACUUGUUUUUUUUUUUAUUGCUGCAAGAUCUAAAGAAUUCUCUUCUCUAUUUUAUAUGUAAAGAAAAAUUAAGUUAAAUAUUAACAAUUAAUUUGUACAUUAAUAUAAUUAUUUAUACUUUGAAAAUAACAGAAACUAACAAUUGUAAAUUUAUGUUAUUUCUUCUACUAUUGCAGCAGAUUAAUUGAAUGAUCCAUCACAGUAUUUAAAAGUUGGAAAAUGUUCGUACAUACCAUUAGCAAGCAAUAACAAAGUACAAACAAUUCGUUGCACUUCAUAUUGCCAUUCCAAUAGGUAUUUUAAUGAUAUUUAUGACAAUAUUUUGGAAGUAUGCUAAUAGAUGAAAGAUAUUUUUCCAUAUACACACAUGUUAUUAUGAAUUUCAUCACAAAAAUUGUCGUAAUGCGUUACAAAAUAAAUAUGCAAAUAAAAUGGUCAAGGCAUAGUUUGAGAAACGAUUAACAAAGCAUUCAACAAAUUAUGGCACAAAUUCGCACCGAAUUGUAGAACCGCUAUAAGAAAAAAACGAAAGCAAAUAUCACGACAUAUCUGUAAGUAGCAAGAUCACUGCCAUAUAGUUUAAUUGUAACUCAUUUGUAAGUCACAAAGCAAUUGUACAUCAGUAUUUAAAGCUAUUUAUUAUUACUUAUGUAAGCGCAACCGACGAUUUUGAUCGAGCAUGCGGCCAUGGAAUAAUAUGCUCGAUUGAAAUCGUAUUAUUUUAAAAAAGAAAGGAUAAACGAGAUGAGAAAUUAUUUUGUACUUUUCUAGCGAUAGUAAAAAUAUCGAGUGUUUUAAUAUAUUUAAGAAAAGGAGAAGAAGUCAGAUCCAACGCCCUGUAAAGUGUCCUUAAUUAAGCAAUAACGUCGUGUUAGGGAGAGACCAAGUUCUGCACAGGAAUAUUUUGAUAUUUAUGUCUAGUAUUUUUUUUUCUUCUUAUUCGUUGAAUUGUAAUAUAUUAUACAUAUGCAGAAAAAUUAACAAUGACGCCUCCGCUAUUGUGUAUAAAAUAUAUAACAAUGAGAAAG